AUGGCGUCAAGCACCAACCUUAUCCAGGCCUUUCCUCGCCGCCAAAAACAUCGAAAUUCAGCCGUGACAAUCGCCCUCGGUCGCAGGUGGACGCACAGGAAACACUCCCGUUAUGGUGAUGGUGAUGAUGGCAAUUGCAGUUCUCCAGUGAAUUCUUGGGAAGGAUUCAGGAAAAGUGAAGAUUCGGCCAGGAAGCUGGCUGCUGGGUUGUGGAAGAUGCAAUUUAUGCAACUCCCAAGGGAUCAUGCAGCUGCCUCAAUUUAUACAACAAAAGACACUUGUAACCUAAAUCCUGCUGAUGGGAAUGUAAAGGUCAGGUUUUCAGAUUAUGACAAGUCUGGAGAAAAUUUCAAAGAGACUCAUGAUCAGCAGAGGAGGCCAAUAACUAUUUUGCGUUCAAGAAAUGGACUUCGACGUGAGGCUAAGUGUAGCCAAGAGGUCUACCCUUAUUAG